AUGCUAAAAACUAAUCAAAAUGUUACAACAAAUCAUGCUAUAGUCAUAUUACCGGAACGUUCACAUUCUACUCGAUCAUCACGUACAUCAUCAACACGUCUCCGGCCUGAUAAUAGUUGGAUUAUGAAUUAUGAUUCUUGUAUAGAUUAUACUGUUACUUCCAAUUCAUCAAAUUCUAUUAUUACUACUAGUAAUACUACUACUAUAAAAAAUUCAUGUUCACUCUUUACUAGUUCCUCAUCUUUAUCUUCUAAAGUAAAUCGUACUCAUGAUCCACCAUCAGUCGUUAUUUCUCGAAUUUUUAAUCCAUCUGUAUUCUCAUCAAAGUCUGUUCAUAGUUCAUUAUCGUCGAAUAAUAAUGAAAAUAUGGACAGUGAAUGGAAACAUUUACAAGGAAAAUGUUCAAAAUCACGGAAUCGGAUGUUUAUUGGUCCUGAUUACUGUAACAAAAAUUCCAACUACAAACCAUGUACUACUACUUUUCGUCCAUUACGUCAUCUGAUUAAUAACUGGCCACCACCUCAACCAAUCAACCCAAUGUAAGUAACUGGAUCGUAUUGUACAUAAACUUAGGCUAUUUUGUCAAAUGACUUGUUUCCCUCUGUUUACUCUCCACCGCUUUCCGU